AAGUCCUAAAGAAGGCCAUCCAUGCACAUGGAGUGAGAACUGAGCAGGAAGUCAAACCUGCCAGCAAUUAACUAUCUACCUAACUAACAAGAUCAACACCAUUUUCUCCAUUGGGUAGGAACAUGUCCAGUGUUGGAAAGCCAAAUCCCCCUCGGGACAACAUGUGCUUCUAUUGUUCAGGAUGUUUGAACAAUCCUGUGGUUUUAAGAUGUUCUCAUAGGUUGUGCAAAAGCUGUGCACAAAGUUACUGGGAGUUGACCCAGUCUCUGAAAUGUCCUGUUUGUUUGAGAGAAACGUUGUGUGAGGUGUCUUUACAACAUAUGAGUUGGGAGUUAUCAGGACCGAAGAGGGGAAAUGUUCUUGAGGAUGAAAUGGUACAACCAAAGAUGUGGCUUCAAAUGGCAGCAAGCACUGUGACUUCAGAAGAACAUGAAAAGCAUAACACUGCAAAGGACAUGAGGUGCAAAUACAAACCAAUAGAGCUGAAGUUAUCAGCCUAUUUCAAUAUCCAUGAUACUGGCAUACAUGGAUUUAACGAGGAGGAUGUCACACAAUUCAUGAAGCAGCCCCGAAAGUGCAGAUUAAAGCAUGAACAAGAGCUUACCACAGUUGAGAAGAAAAUGUUCCCUUUGCAUUUGAGAUCCCCUGAAAGAAAAUCUUCUAGUGAGGUACCAAGUAUGGCCUCAGUGGGUCAGAAAGCCCAAACUCCUUCAAAAGCCUCAUCUCCUCAACUGGACUUAAGAGCCAAUCUGUGCCCUGAGUGUGGCAAAUGUUUCAAAAGCAAAUCAGCCCUAAAAACCCAUCAGAAAUCACACUCUGUAAAGAAGCUGCAUGGGUGCUUCACCUGUGGAAAGCAAUAUGCUAGCAAGAGUGAACUUGCUUUACAUCAGAGGCUUCAUACGAAUGAGAGGCUCCACAGUUGUGCCUAUUGCAAAAAGAAGUUCACAAGGAAAAAGGACUUGAUAUGCCAUGAAAGGAGUCACACUGGAGAGAAGCCUUUCCCGUGUACUUUCUGUGGAAAGAGCUUUAGUAGGAGAAGCUCGCUCAAAUUGCAUACACAGUGGCACGAGGGGAUCAAACAGUACCAGUGUGACCACUGUGGAAAGUCUUUUCUUACGUCGACAUCCUUGAGGAGCCACAAAGCAAUACACACUGGAGAAAGGCCCUUUGCUUGCCAUCAGUGUGAUAAAACAUUUGUUCUAAAACCUCAACUGGCCGCUCAUUUGCGCGUUCACACAGGACAAACACCCUACAGUUGCUCAGUGUGUGAGAAGGCUUUCACAAGGAAGCAAAGCCUUACCGUCCACCAGAUAACUCAUCAGAACGAACGGCCGUUUAAAUGCCCGGACUGUGACAGUAGCUUUAGACGUGCUGACCACCUCAAGUCACACCAGGUGGUCCACUCAAGCGACAUGCCGUACAAAUGCGAUCAAUGCGGCAAAGCUUUUAAGCAUCAGAAUUAUCUUAAGAUUCACGUACGUGUUCAUACCGGUGAAAAGCCCUACAGCUGCAAAGAGUGUGGGAAGAGCUUUGUAUCAUCCGGUGACCUGAGAGUCCAUUGCAGAAUCCACACAGGAGAAAGAAACUACAAGUGCUCUGAGUGCGAGAAGACUUUCCGAUUCUUGCCCUCCUUGAAGAUCCACCAGAGGACCCACUCUAACGAGAGACCGUACCAUUGCCGUGAGUGUGGCAAAAGCUUUCUUGCUGCCUCCAACCUUCAAACCCAUGAAGAAAUGCACAAGAACGAGCGGCGCCACCGUUGUACAGAGUGUGGUCAGGGUUUUAACUCCUCCUGCACUCUGAAGUCCCACCAGAUGACCCAUUUGCCCAGGACCAAGUUCCAUUGUGAUGUUUGUGGCAAGAAUUUCAUCCGCAAAGACACUUUUAGAACUCACCAAAAUAUCCAUUCAGGAGCAAAAGUCUACGAUUGCCCGGAGUGCGGAAACUGCUUUAGCAGCGCUAGCAAUUUACACAGACACAUACAGAACCACAAAGUGAAGCCCAUGUAUCACUGCAGCGAGUGCGAGAAGAGUUUCAGUAGCGCAGCAUAUGUAAAGAAGCACCAGCUAGCCGUGCAUGCAGCAGAGACGCCGUAUGUCUGCGCCAAGUAAGGGAAAAACUUUCAUGGCGGUGGAUUGUCCUAGCUGGAAUUCUCAGAAGAUCCUUACAGCAAAGGAUGAAAGAACCAUCUGAAUUUGUAUUUAAUAUCUACAAUCGCAUGGGCAAAUCUGUCCUCCGUGGAAUGCCUGAGUGCGGGGGACAGUACUUAUCAGGAAUAUUAUUUUUCACCCUUUUUUUUUGUCAUGGUACAGGGUUUCAUUAGCAAUCCAACCGAUCUGAUUUAUUUUAUUCAUGUCAAAUAUCUAAAUUUCUAAAUGCUUAUUUUUCCAGGCUGUUUAUGCCAGGUUUGUCUCUGGUAACUGGUAAUGAGAAUCUGUAUAGUAAAUUGAAUUUUCUUGCACCUUUCAAA